UCUGCUGCUCUCGUUGUAGUUAGCACCCAACGGGCCACCACACCUCUAGCCCCCGUUCCGUCUACGUAUUCAUUCAUAACGACUGAGUUGGAGGCAUCCCGAGUCAAAUCAACGUUCACGGCGCCGUUUACAUUAUCUGGCGCGGUUUCUGACUCCUCGACACCUUGAUGAAACCCGCUAAUAUAAAAAUGCGAACAUGGGCGAAUUAUCCAUGGUUCAGGCUCUUGAAGCCACGUCGGCAAGUCUCGAAAACAACAGUCGGGUGGCCUUCAACUUACCGACCCUCGAGUACCUAGGAACCUCUGCCUUCGAACUGACAAAUGGCCGAGCAGACACCGCAACGCAAUAUUUUUCCCCUUCUCGACGCCGCGUUGCAGGUUAUUGGGGGUGCCGUCGUUUACUACGCUCACAACAAGCCUGGACGCACGGGUAUUCCCGACCUAAGCACGCGGCCUUUAUCGUACCUAGCCUGUCUUACGUCGUAGAUGGCACCGCAUCAAUUACGGUAGCAGCAAGGAAUGACCGGUCCUCAUCCGACCUAACCAACUUGCCGAUCAGCGUCGCAGCCCCCGUUGCGCAACCGGUCACGCUAGCAGCGAAGAUCGUACGAGUUGGUGUAGACCUUGUCGAAGAACAAGGCCCCGUUGGGCGCGAUGAGGUACUAGUCCAGCCGGAUCUGUUGCCGUUGGGACGCCUACUGGGGCCGUGAGUGUGACACUAUUCUCGGGCGAGAAUGUGAGGGACAACUUUUACUUGAUGCUGGGGUCGCAUGGUGGUGAAGU